AGGAGAAAAAGGAGGAGUUUCGGGACUCUAAACACUCAAAAUAAAAAUGAGUCGAAUGCACAUGAUAUACGAUGAUACCCUGUUACAGCAGGAGGGGGUGAAGGUCAGUAAGUGGAAGAGCGAGUGGAACUCGAGCCAACUUCAAAGUGGUAGGGGUAUACUGCUGGAGGGUGUGUUUCAUAAGAAGACACGACACAUUAUACAAGACACUAGCAAUAAAAAGUAUCGUUUUUGUGUCUUCCAUAUUGAAUUUGAUGGUGCUUGCCAGAGAAAGUUUGAUGCUGAAGGCAAAGAAAUUGAACCGAACUUUGGACAAACGGCUAAAGUAAAAACCGGCUACCUAAACUCAUCAUACAAAACUGUUGCCAAGGGAACACCUGACACAUUGAGUUAUGCUGAAGUGUGUGAAAGAGUUCAUUCUGAUCUGGUUGGAUUUGAGACAGCGAGUCAUUCUCAAUCGAUUUGUUUUUGGGGAGAGAAUGAGAGCUAUGAUCAUGUGGAGUGUAGCCCAGGACAAAGAAUUAGACUAAAGACAAGAGGAGACUCUCUACUGAUAGAAUCAUUCACAAAGCUGGAUAGUGAUCAGCGAGCUCAUUCAUCAAACUACACUGGAGGGGAGAAGACAGGACAGAGCUGGACUGAUAAGGUACUCGGACACAAAUCAACUGAUGAACCCAGCCAGGGAACAGGAGGAGGAGGAGGAGGGGAGGUUGAUGAUGAUGAAUGGGUGAGGAUAUUCUUAUCUUAUGUUCUUGUACAUUGUGAAUUACAUCUACUAUUAUUUUAGAUACCUGCAUGAGCAUGUGCAUGUACACAUUAGUGUUGUGCAGUACUCUAUUUUCUGUUUUAGUUCUAGUUUUAGUUCUACCAACUACUCCAUUUCUACUUUUAGUU